CAGUGCAUGUGGGCCCUGCAGGCUCCAGAGUUCAAGAUGUGCUUGUGAUCUUCGGGGCUCAUCUCCGGGAGGGGGUCUAUCUUGUCUGUCCAGAUCAUCAUCAAAAGGAAUUCAGAAAAGUAGGAAUGACACAUAAGAUGCACUCCGGCAAGAUACUUAUCAACAGGAUUCUCCCAGAGAGACACAUGAAACCCAUUCCUGGGUGGAGAAACCAGGCUGACUUCUGCCACAGAGAGAAGCAGCUCCCUAUGGCUGUCAUCAUGAGAAUGAGUGUGUGCCCAAGGGCAAAGUGGGCACGAGAGGGAAGAAGCAGAUAUUUGAAGAGAACAGAGAGACUCUGAAGUUCUAUCUGCGGAUCAUACUGGGGGCCAAUGCCAUUUACUGUCUUGUGACCUUGGUGUUCUUCUACUCAUCUGCCUCAUUUUGGGCCUGGAUGGCCCUGGCCUUUAGUCUGGCAGUAUAUGGGGCCAGCUACCACUCUAUGAGCUCGAUGGCACGGGCAGCCUUUUCUGAGGAUGGGGCUCUGAUGGAUGGUGGAAUGGACCUCAACAUGGAGCAGGGCAUGGCAGAGCACCUUAAGGAUGUGAUCCUACUGACAGCCAUUGUGCAGGUGCUCAGCUGCUUCUCCCUCUACAUCUGGUCCUUCUGGCUUCUGGCUCCGGGCCGGGCCCUUUACCUCCUCUGGGUGAAUGUGCUGGGCCCUUGGUUCACAGCCGACGGUGGCACCCCAGCACCAGAGCACAAUGAGAAACGGCAGCGCCGACAGGAGCGGCGGCAGAUGAAGCGGUUAUAGCCCCUGACGUUUGGGUCACAGGCUGCAUGGUCCCCGUGCCAGGAGCAGGGAGGGCCUGCCUAGUCCAGGGCCCAAAAGCAGUCUAAGGUAAAGGAUUGUUGAAUAAAUGGCUCAGAAUGUG